AUGUCGGGAGCUGCAGAUCGCGAGGCUGUCUUCCCAACUCGGCAGUCGCUGGGCAUCAUGAAGGCGAAGCUCAAGGGCGCAGAGAUAGGUCACAGUCUGUUGAAAAGGAAGAGCGAGGCCCUAACGAAACGAUUCCGAGAGAUCACCAAACGAAUCGAUGAAGCGAAACGAAAGAUGGGAAGAGUAAUGCAGAUUGCAGCUUUCUCGCUGGCAGAGGUCACCUAUGCCGUUGGUGGUGAUAUUGGCUAUCAAGUACAGGAGUCCGCCAAGUCUGCUCGAUUUCGAGUUCGCACAAAACAAGACAACGUCUCGGGUGUCUUGCUUCCGGCGUUCGAAAGCUAUCUUACCGAAGGCAAUAACGAUUUCGGCCUGACGGGUCUGGGCAAGGGUGGACAGCAGGUUCAACGCUGCAGAGAGACAUAUGCUCGUGCCGUAGAAGCACUCGUUGAGCUUGCUAGCUUACAGACUGCAUUUGUGAUCCUUGAUGAGGUCAUCAAGGUCGCAAACAAGAAACAGCGCGACACAGCUGCGGCAGAUGCCGAGAUGAAGGCGCGCCGCGAGAAGGAGGCUGCGGCGCAAAGCGGACAAACAUCUCAGAAGAACGAUGAUGCUCCUACAGACGUUCUUGGUGAGAAUGACGACGAAGACGUCAUCUUUUAA